CGUUCACUGGGAAACAUGUCGGCUCCUCAGACAACGACAAAGGAGGCCCCAGACCAAGACGACCCAGAAACAGCAACAGAGUCUGUAGCCGCUCCCAGUGAAGUUAAAGAAGAACCCAAAGUGCUUUCAUCGCUGACAUCUAAGAAGCCGGAAAAGGGCCUUUCUGACGCUGCUGAUGAUGGAGAGACCUGGUCGCCUCCUCCUUCGCCGCCGCUGAACAAACCUGUUGCAGGUCAUGCUGCAAAGUCCAUUUCCUCGAUGUCUCCCUCUCCCUACACGUCCUCCCCGUUGUCUCCUGGCCGAGCCAAGAUGAGCGUCUCCGGGCCGUCCACCAGUAAGGCCAACCUCCCUCCAGCUCCUUCCGCCUCCUCUUCCCCGUCUCCUUCUGCUCCCUCCACUCCCGCCGCCUCUCCAGGCCCACACAAGAUCCACCGGGCCCGGAAGACCAUGAACCGGCCCCCGCUGGCCCAGCAGGUGAGUCAUGUUGAUGCUCUGGCCGCGACGGCGUCAGGAUCCGACUCUGAAACCGCUGCAAAAAAGAGGAAGCUAUCUGAGAGCUCACUGGGGAAAUGUGAAAAAGUCUCAAACAAGGCUCAAGCUGAGGGCGAGAAACUGUUUCAUGUAAAGGCGGAGUCUGUUACAGAUCAAGCUUUAGCGAAGAGCAAAAGCUCUUUGGGGAAGUCUGUUGACGAUGGAAACCAUUUAUCUGCUCUAGAUUCAGAAAAGUUGGAAAAUGGAGGUGAAGAGAAGCAGCCAAUUACCAACACAGAAGAUCAGAGUUUGGAGUCUGAGAGAACGUCUUUGCGGCCGCAGUCGGAUCAGGACAAAGACACUAUCACCAUUGAUUUGGGGGAAACAGAAGAGGCAGAAAGGUCUGGAGAAUACACAGAGGUUCCUUUGGGUGAUUUGGACAUCGCUGCUGCUGACAGUCUGACUCUUUCCCCUCCUGCUGAUGGAAGCGAAGCAGGUGACAUGGAGCGGCUGGAGGAGCUUCCUCUGUGCAGCUGCAGAAUGGAGGCUCCUCGGGUCGACAGUACCAGCCAGCGGGUCAGCAGACAGUGCAUGGCGACGGAAAGCCUCAACGGAGAGCUCCGGGCUUGCACCAACUGGACCAUGAAAGCGGAGACGAUGCGGCCGUCCAGUCGGAUUCCCCUCAUGGUUCUGUGUGACGUCCAUCGCUCACACAUGGUGAAACACCACUGUUGUCCUGGAUGUGGGUACUUCUGCAUAGCAGGCACUUUUCUGGAAUGCUGCCCGGACCAGCGCAUCGCUCAUCGCUUCCACCGCGGCUGUGUGACCGUACUGAGCGGCGGCCGCAGCAAGGCCAACGGCGGCGGGAUGCUUUUCUGUCCACACUGUGGGGAAGACGCCUCAGAGGCACAGGAGAUCAUCAUCCCGUCCUUGGCAUCAACCUCUGCAACCACGGUGGUCACCAUGUCGGCCUCCUCCACAACCACGCCCUCCCUGCCCCCAUCAGCCCCGACGGCGCCCUCUCUCACUGCCUCAACAGGAGGGAUGAAGGACGGGAAGAUGCCUGAAAGGCCUGUCAGCGCUCGAAUGCGAAGCCACGGCCUGGUAGCUCCCACGGUGGAGCAGCAGCCUCCUCAGCCCGUCCCCUCAGCUACGACUGUGCCUGCUGUUCCUCCAGCUGAAGAGGGAGUGGACAGCGUGGGUCCGUCUCUCUGCAUGCCAAAUGGGAAGUCAGUCAGCCCAAGUGCACUACCACCUGGACCCAGUAGGGCGGCGCUGCAGAAAGCAAUUCUCACACAGGAAACAGAAAGGAGGAAGAAACUGAGGUUCCACCCGCGGCAGCUGUAUCCUGCUGCAAAGCAAGGAGAGGUCCAGCGAGUGCUGCUGAUGCUGAAAAGAGCAAAAGGUCAGGGAGGAGACAUUAGCCCAGAGACCAGCAGCAGGGACGAUGAUGCAGUGGAGGGAAUCGAUCCAACGUACCAGCCUGAGUCUCAGAACCGACGUUCAGCUCUUCACGCUGCAGCCCAGAGAGGCCUGCUGGAGGUCUGCUACAUGCUGAUACAGGCUGGAGCUCAGGUUGAUGCCAAAGACAAAGACCUGAGGACUCCUCUGCUGGAAGCCGUAAUCAAUAAUCACGUUGAUGUGGCUCGUUACCUGAUCCAGAACGGCGCCUGUGUUUAUCACGUUGAGGAGGAUGGAUACACUGGCCUCCACCACGCAGCCAAGCUGGGGAACCUGGAAAUCGUUAAUAUGCUUCUGGAGACCGGCCAGGUGGAUGUAAAUGCUCAGGACAACGGUGGUUGGACACCGAUCAUCUGGGCUGCAGAACACAAACACGUUCAAGUGAUCAAAUCGCUGCUGAACAGAGGAGCCGACGUCUCCAUUAAAGAUAAGGAGCUGAACUUGUGUCUCCACUGGGCGGCGUACGCUGGAAACAUCGACAUCGCAGAGCUGGUGUUGAACUCCGGCUGCUCCCUCUCCUCGGUUAACGUGCAUGGAGACACUCCGCUCCACAUCGCUGCCAGAGAGGGAUACCUGGAGUGUGUGACGUUGUUUUUGUCGAGAGGAGCGGACAUCGACAUCAUGAACAGGGAGGGCGACACGCCGCUCAGCCUCGCCCGGCCCGACACGCCCGUCUGGGUUUCGCUACAGAUCAACAGGAAGCUGCGCAGAGGAAUCGCCAACCGGCUGAUCCGGACAGAGCGAAUCAUCUGCAGCGACGUGGCGCAGGGCUACGAAAACAUACCGAUCCCCUGCGUGAACGCCGUGGACGACGAAGGAUGUCCGUCGGAUUAUAAAUACGUUUCCGAAAACUGUGAGACGUCAGCAAUGAACAUAGAUCGAAACAUCACACACUUACAGCAUUGUAGCUGCACUGACGACUGCUCUUCCAGUAACUGCCUCUGCGGGCAGCUGAGCAUCCGCUGCUGGUACGACAAGGAUCAACGGCUGCUUCAGGAAUUCAACAAAAUCGAACCUCCUCUCAUUUUCGAAUGCAACAUGGCGUGUUCGUGUUAUCGAACGUGCAAGAACAGAGUCGUCCAAGCAGGCAUAAAAGUUCGCCUGCAGCUGUACAGGACGGAGAAGAUGGGAUGGGGAGUCCGAGCGAUGCAGGACAUUCCUCAGGGCAGCUUCAUCUGCGAAUAUGUUGGAGAGCUGAUCUCUGACGCCGAGGCUGAUGUUCGAGAAGACGACUCCUACUUGUUUGACCUCGACAACAAGGACGGGGAGGUGUACUGCAUAGACGCACGUUACUACGGCAACAUCAGCCGCUUCAUCAACCACCUGUGUGACCCAAACCUCAUCCCGGUGCGUGUGUUCAUGCUGCAUCAGGACCUGCGCUUCCCUCGCAUCGCCUUCUUCAGCUCCAGAGACAUCCUGAGUGGACAAGAGCUGGGGUUUGACUACGGCGACCGCUUCUGGGACAUUAAGAGCAAGUACUUCACCUGUCAGUGUGGGUCGGAGAAGUGUAAGCACUCUGCUGAGGCCAUCGCUCUGGAGCAGAGCAGGCUGGCCCGGAUGGACGCCUGCUCCGAAUCGGGAGCCGACUGCGGGAUGGCCUUGAUGGGAAACUCUUAAAACACUUAAACCACAGGGCCUUCAGAUCAAACCCUGCUACGUUUACAUGUGCACACAGUCGACUGUAGAAGUGGGGCAUUGCCGGUUUUGUGGUGCUGUCAUGUUUUACAUUUUCCUAAAGCUGUCACUUUAUUACGUUCACUAUUGCAGAAAUCAUUACCUUUAAAUUUUAAAGGACCAGACUUUAAACGGUUUUACAAAAUCUACAGAUCUCUUGAUAGUUGUGUGUGUAGUCAUGUUGGUGUUGCAGAAAAAUGUACCAGAAACAAACAUUUGUGCUGGAGGCCUUCAUUACCCGCUCAUUUAUAUGUGAAAAUCUUUUAUAUUCACACACUUUCUGUUGUGCCAACCAACUCAAGGCUUUGUGGCAAAAACAUGAACAUCAACUGAAGGCCUUCCUGGACUCAUAAAGAAACUUAUUGUGUCCGUUUGUGGAUGGAUGCUUGUGGUAGUUUAAUUGUCUGUAUUAUUUUUUAUACAUGUUGUUUCUUCUGUCACUUGUAGUGAAAUAAAACAGAAAAGAGUUUA